GUAGAUGUCAAAAAUUUAAAAAAAGUUUUCUAGUCGAGUGGUUUCAAUUAUUUUGACAGAGCGUCAUCUUGCGGUGAUGUUUAUGAGAGCAUUUGAAAUUUGAAUUUCGGAAGCCCUUUUGUGAUUGUUGCAAGUUGGAUGUUCUUCAAAAAUGACUGAUUGGCUUCAUUGUAAUAAGUGUUCAGCAAAGUAUCAGCCAAAUAUUAAACUGUACUUGACCGAGUGUGCUCAUAUCUUUUGUGAAAAAUGUAGAGAAGUGAUAAAUGACCCAAUUAAAUGUCCAGUUUGCGAUAAGCCUAAUAACUUUAUACCAAUUUCCAAAGAUAUGGAUGCUAAUGUGCAGCAGUUUUUUAUUCCAUUCGAAGUUCAAGUUAAAAAACUUUCAGAGAUGUACAACUUCCAGAUGCAACACAGAAUGAGAUUGUUUCAAACUAUGUCUCAGAAAUAUGCCUUCUUGAAAAAGGAAUUCAUCAAUGUACAUAAUAAGGGCAAGAAUUUGGCAAGAGAGAACACGAUGUUGAAAAAUAUGUUGAUGUCCACAAGUCGAAAUUCUCAACCAUUUCAAACCAGUACACCAGCAUUAACAAAUGAUGACAGUUCACAUAUUGAUGAAAUGUCUGUAGUUUCUUCCAUUCCAUUCACGCCCAGUAUAGUGUCUUCAUCUGCCAGAAAAUUCCCAGGGCAUCCGCAAAGAGUACAUCCUAGCUUCAGAGGAGUUUUUCCAGUGCCAGGAUCGUGCGGAGGCGGCAUCUUCCACCGGCCGUCCCCGGCCCAGAUGGUGCCCAGCGGCGGAGGCAGCAGCGGGGGCAGAGGCGGCGGCGCGGGGGGCAGGGGGGGCAGGCGAGCGCACGCCGCCCCCGUGCACCGCCCCGUCGGCACGGCCUUCUCCUUGCAGCAGCUGCAGGGUGGCGGUGAUGGUUCCAUGAAGCAGUGGAAGUAAUCCCUUUAGAGUUAUAAUUUUCUCCCUCAAAUCAUUGUUUUUGUUCAACUGAAUUAUCUGUUCCAUGUUGUCUCGUUACUGAUUUAAUAAAUUUCUUAUUAAUACCUAUCUGAUUUAUUUGAACGUUGAUACCUAUUCAAUUUGUAUUUUGGAAUAAUUGAGGUACCUUGAUGGAAAUAUUGCUUUGUGAUACCUAUAUUAAUGAAUAAAGGAAACAUUUCAAAAAAACUCGAUCAACUACACGAGUGUUUCCAAAAUUGAAGACAUAAACGAAAUCGUGUGUUAUAUUAUGAGGCACGAGAUGAGACAUGACGUCACCAGCAAGCAAACAAUUUUUUCGUGCAUGAGGUGCAUGAUAUAAGGCUGAUGAACAAUGCAUAUUCCAUUCAAUGGGAUGGACAUUCCUUAUUCUUGUCAUUACGACUAUAUGUAUACAGUAUCUAUUAAUAGGUAAGUUCACUUUCACAUAACUCAUUAGCUUGAUAUUAAUGUCAAACCGGUUGGGAUCUUAGGUGUGCACUUGUUUGUUUUUUGAAUGCAGUUUCACUUAUCUUGAGCAUCAAAUAUCAACUUUCAGGCUCUUGAGCUAUUUCAUAUGAAUAACAUGAUUUGUUUAUCUCCAUCCGGAGAUCCCAAUUCCUCUCGGUAUAUAUUGAUGUAGAUAUUUAUCGUGAUUAGUACGUAUGUAUAGGAGAUACAUAUAUUGAUAUAACGAUUCCUAAGAAAUUUUUAAUGAAUAUCUCCGUUGCUAGUCCUGAAGGGAUUCUGGUACAUCGAUAUGAUUGCUUAAGUGUAUGAUUUUGCUAGUAUAUAUCAUACGAAAUAUGACACUUCCGGUUUGACAGGAAGUGCAUCCAUUUUUUAUUUCAAAUACGAAGUAUACAUUUUUUUCUGGGUAUGAUUCAAUAUAAAAUUACCUUCCUGAAUCAUAUUGUCAAUCCACAAUCUAGUCAUAUAAUUAAGAUUUCAUAAAAAAAUACUUUUUGUAUUCCCCUCGUAAAGGGAUAUUUUCAUAAAAGUGUGCUAUAGAUAAUGAAACAAUAUAAUGUAAUUCGAAGUCAAAGUUAUAAUUUCAGUUUUUCUUUAUUUUUCUACACCAACUUUUUUUCAAAUGCUUCUAUAGAAUUUUAUGAAGUUGGUUGGAAACUACCAUACAUAUUGAAAUACACGACAGGUAGAAAUUUCAAUUAUAUGUUUCCUAUUUAGUUUUAAUGAAGAUAAUCCCCAUGCUACCUAAUAUAUACUUACAUCGUAUUGAACCUUUCAAUUUGAAAUUAUUGGUUGGCUAUGAUAAUGAAUUAUUUUCACGGGUCUAGAAUAAUAAUUAUUGAAACUGCAAGAUCUGACGUAACAAAAUAUUUGAUCAGUUACGAGGGGACUACAGAAAGUAUUUUUUUAUUAAAUCUCUAUUAUAUGAGAAGAAUACUGAAUAGUAAUUUCCAGAAUAAAAAUGCUUUGUAUUGGAAAUGAAAAAAUCGAAAGUGUCAUAUUUGAUCUGAUACUAGCAAAAUUAUACACUCAUGAAAUCAUAUACCAAAUCUAAAAACAUUCACACAACAUAGCAACAAAAAUACAGGGGAGUAAAUUGUAAAUUGGUUCCGGAUCUCCAGUAUAUACAGAAACGAGGAGAUAAACUCCCAAUAAAUCUAAAAAAAUGGUGAAUUAAUGAUUUUUCUUGAUAUUUUAAAAGUACUGUUCCUUCCUGACAUAUAUAUGUUCAUUUGUUAUCUCCUUAAUCUUCAAUUGAAAUUGCAAAAUAUUUCAGUACGGGGACCAGAAUAUAUUAUAAGGACUCUUCAGAGAUUUCUUGACUUACAUACAUUUUACUCUCACAAAAUCAUGUAACAUGUUUUUUAUCCAUAGUCAUGAUGAUGAAGUACCUAUGCGAGUAAUUAUGUCUGCAUCCCUCGUUGUAUGAGGAAUAAUUCAAUCUCCUAGAACUGGUAAAGUACCUAGAUCCAGUAUCAAAUCCAAAUAUUCCAACUCUUCUUCAAGGAAUUCAGUCUUGUGUGCUGACAAUCAAUUAAUUUUACGUUUUACGGCAUAAUAGGUAUGUGUUGCCAUAUCAUUAUCCUUGACAUUGACUCAAAUUUCACAAUGAAAGAAUGUAUUCAAUCAUAACAGCUCGUGAUUCUCAGGUGGUUUCUUGCACGUGACAUACUUUCCUCUUGCAUCGUAGGUAUUCGCAUUAUCGCACACAUCAUCUUCAAUGGAGCAAAAAAGUAUCCAGUUACACAACGACACCAAACAUGUGUUUUCUUGCGUUCUGCUACUGAGAAUUUGCCUCCGUAAUGUAUAAGCGCAACCGUCAGUCCAACACCGGAAUUUUAUCUUGCUAACAGUAGCGUCCUCCAAACUAAUUCAAGGUGUAGGCAUAAACAAACUACACUCUAUAGACCUCCAAGUAGAUAUAUAUGAUGACCUUGAACAAUAUUAUUAGUUCAGCCACCAAACAAUUGAUCAUUCUAGAACACGUGAUUUUCAGCAAACAAAAUUAUGGAAUUAUUUCUGGUUCCAACUCGGAUUCCAAGGAAAACGAUCCCACUAAUUCUGGUUUUAUAUGACAAAUCUUGACAAAAUACAAUGUUUGCCCCUCAGCAACCUGUCAAAUGACGUAAUUCUGGAAUGAUUAAUAGAUGUCCUUUUGAUAUAAUGAUCCGUGAUCGAAUGUCGAAUGACAUAUGUCUUGUUUGUUGUGAUUUUUUCCUGUUCAGAAGUGUGAUUUUUUCGUUUCGAAGCGCUAUUCUUCCAUUUAUCACCAAUUAUCCCAUUUGUCAAUCAAGAGUAUAGGCAUAAAUCUAUAUUAGUGAUUUGUUUCUAUACUACUUCACUAAAUCAACAAUAUAGUUGACUUUUAAUUCGAACGAAAGUGAACUUUAGGACUUGACAAGUGUGCAGUGCCAGGACCUUCCAGACAUCGUUUUCAAAAUUUCAAGGAAAACUAACCAGGUUUCUAGAGUGAAUGAAGUGAUUGAAGAUUCCGUAAUGAUUGUUUAGUUUUAUUUCAUCACAGUUUCUAUUACCUGAUUAAAAAAUGAUUCAUUUUAAUCUAUUGCUCUCAUUAUUACUGACCAUUUUCAUUCCAGUGUAUGUGAAUGGUUGGAAGAGAAGAGAUGGAAGCAUGUAAUGUUUAUGACAUUCCACCUUCUUCGCUAUUUACAAGGGCUUCUCUUAACAAAAUAUUUGAAUACAACAUAAUAUGGAUUAUUCAAAAUUCCCCCUACUCGAAAUAGUUGAGCUACCAAUCACCAGAGGCGUUGGCGGAAUGAAAGAAGAGGUUUACAUGUUCGUUGGACACCUAUAGAAAGUAGUUGAACUAUAUGGGUGUAGGUAUCGGUAGCCAGUAGCCCCUGCAUCGAAUAGGGGAGAGCGGGGGAAUAUUGGCCCCCUAGAAAUAUUAUUCUUAACGUACAUACCUAUUCCUCCACCGCGAGUUGGUCUAUCUACUCUGAAAAAAAUAUAUCCUGGGAUUGCAACAGUUAAGUUAUCUACUAUAUCAUAUCAGUCAAUAAGAUUCAAAACCUCUGCAAAAUGCGGUAAAAUUGAGCGGACCUUCAAUUUACAUAUUUUCAAAUUGCUAAUCAUAUCAAAAUUUCACUGGUAAUCUUGUAUAUUAGGACAACCUGUACAAACGAAAAAAAUAAGCAGAUAUCCUUGAGUGAGAUUUGUGGAACCAUGGAUUAAGGAAAGAUAAAAAUAAUUCACAAGAAGCUCAUUCAAUAUCUCAACGGCUGAGUCAAUAAAAAACUAACAGAUUGUUUUAAAAUUACAAAGAAAUAUAUCCUAUCAACUGAAUAUUCAAAGCCUAUUUGAUUACUUGUGAAAAUAAAGAAUUGAUAACAGUAUCUUAGGGAAACCUUACUUAAAUGUCUGAAAAUGCGUUAUAUGUUACGAUUGAGACCCUAAAAAUAAAAAAGAAAUGAAGAAAAUACAAUAGUAAAUGAAAAUAUGCCUUCUCAAAUGUGAAUUACGUUUGAGGUGAGAAGUUGAUUCGGCUCAAACUAUACACUAGUAAUUUAUUCAUUAUUAUUAACACGUAUGUUUAUAUAUUCUCUGUAGAAUGAACGCUAUUCGAGUAGGUAAUUGUGGUACUACACAUAAAUGUGAUAUGAGUUUUGAAAUUUAAAUAUGUCCAAUGUCCAAUUGUUGGAACCGCCACUGAUUUGGACUGAGUGAUCGCGAGCUCCACAAGUGGAACUAUAAAUACAUCCGUCAAGAUUUUCGAUAGGGCCCAUAUCGUUUGGUAACUCGGUUAAUUUCUAUUCUCGCAAAAUUGCACUGCCUGACUGCCAGAGGGUUACAAGUGGAUUAUACAAGGUGUAUUUAAAUAACACCGAAAAAAUUCAAGGAGUGUUUCCUUGUGACAUUCUAGCAAAUGAAGUUCCUAUGAACAUCUAGCCUAACCUAGUUGGAAGUAUUGAUUGUUCUUAUUUAUAACCCCCCUGUAUAACAACUGAUACUAGUGGGGGACGUUUGCACGUCAGCAACUAGUCCCUCAUGGGACCUUUUUGCAAACCCCAAGUGUUUUCAAUGACUGAUGUGGUUUGCUCAAGAGAGCUGGCUAAGAUCCUUUUCAGGCACCGCCCAUCAGCUCGCUUUCAGAGUUUUUCGGCUGUGUUUUGUAGGCUAGUAAGGUACUCACUACCAUAUGCGCAGUGGCAGGCCUGCUAGCUAUCCUCGUCAACCCCCGUUAGAGACUAGGGUCCACUAAGCAGCUGGCCCGCUCUCACGCUCAGCUGGUAGUUUUCCACACCCACCUACAUACACCGUCCUACUUCUUCUCUGAUGCUCACAACCACAUCAUCAUCUCUUUCUGCGUGUUCUGUGUAGGCUUUGUUACUAACUCCAUGCGCCACUUUAGGAGCAACACUGUUAAUUGGAACGCAACAGCGAAUAAAAUAUUGAAAAAAAUUAGACAAUUACCUCACAACAGUGCACAUUCUGAGAUAUUUAUGAUACACUAUAUCACUAUAAGGAUAGGUCCUACCAGGAGGUUAUAGGUAUUGGAAUGAGACAGCUGAAUGUCAAGGUGAAACAAUGUCAUAAUGCUUUUUCAACUACUUGACCAUUUUUGGAUAAUGAUAAACUUGAGAAAAUCAGAUGAUUGGACAUAUACGCUGACAGGAAUUCUUUCUGAUAACUUAUAAGUUUGUUGGCCUUAUAUGACUCAC